GGCGGGGCCGGCGGGGCAAAGAUGGCGCUGAACAGGAACCACUCGCAGGAGGGCGGUGUCGUCAUCCCCAAUGCCGAAAGCGUCCUCAAACAGUGUAAAGAUGUGGAGCUCUCCUUCAGUGACGUGACAGGCAAGCCUGAAAUCUUCAAAGGCACCAAGAAAGGAAUGCUGUAUCUCACUCCUUACAGGAUGAUCUUUGUGUCCAAGGGCAAGGAUCCUAUGCAGUCCUUCAUGAUGCCGUUUUAUUUGGUGAAGGGAUGCUCGAUCGAGCAGCCUGUUUUCUCUGCCAAUUACAUCAAAGGACAGAUCCAGGCUGAGGCCGGAGGUGGCUGGGAAGGGCAGGGAACAUUUAAACUGACUUUCAACAGUGGAGGAGCCAUUGAGUUUGGACAGCUGAUGUUGAAAGCUGCUUCUAGUGCUUCCAGUGGCGUUCCUCUGCAGAACCCUGGCUAUGGAUACACCCCUGUUCCCGGAGGAUUUACACCUGCCCCCGGGGGCUACUCACCUGUGCCAGGAGGCUACGCCGCCCCUCCACCACCAAACGGACCUUAUCCGUAUGCACCACCUCCAGUGAAUGCCUAUGGACCUGCUCCACAGCCCAUGGGAUAUCCAUACGCCCAGAGCCCAGGUAUUUACCCACCACUUCCAAACAUGAACCCCAUGUACAUGCCGCCUCCACCCCCCUACUCCGGGGCACCUCCUGCAGGACCCUCAGCUCCCCCAGCCUGGGUGAGCCCAGGAAUGCCAGGAGGUAGUAAGGCCAUGGAAGCUGCUUCCAGUGCAUAUUACAACCCUGCCAACCCACACAACGUGUAUAUGCCCAUGGAACAGCCACCUCCUUAUACACCUCCUGAGGAUAAGAAGAACAACUAACAGAACGAGAUUGCAGCCAGCCUCCCACAUUCUCUCUCCCUGAAGACAGCUUGGCUGUUAGUACCCCUCAAGUUAGCAUAUCUCUAGAUCUGUUUCUCUACAAUAUAGUGCUGGGCAGCUGAGCACCUGCCCUCCUUAAACAUUGAGUCAGUGGCAAUAUAAGGCAGGACAACAGCACUUUCCUACUUACUUGCUUUAUCUCAUGGGGUUGAAGGACUAACCUUUUGCCCUGCCAUUGGCUUGAGGAGAGAGAUGGACUUCUUAUUAAACUGUAUCACAUGACUAAUUUAGGACUAAAAUGUGAAGGCCCUGGGAUCUUGUUGGAGUGAAACAACUUGGAAUGCCAAACUUUUGACUUCUGAAGCACCAUCCAGGAAGAAAGGUGUAGAGAGCUAUGAGGUUCCCUGCAUAGAUCAUCCAGUGCCCUAGAAAAAGGUGUUAAAGUUCCUUGAAUUCUAGGGCAGUUCGGUGUGCGAUGGGACUUUGGAAAUCCUGUCUUGUGUUGGAAGUGUGUGGCAUCCUGGACUAACAGCUGAGGGGUGAUGACCUUGGGAAGUGCAUUUGGAGACACUGGAGCCUUUGGCUGUGCAAGAGGGAAGGGGAUGGGUCCCAAUCAACCUAUCUUUGUAGCCAUUGAAUAGAGAAGCAAACAAAGGUGUGCCUCAGGGCAGUGAGUUCAUAGACUGGCAGGCCUGAGGAUCAGUCUGUCUUUUCCCUGUCCGAGCAGGCUCCAUGUCUGUGCAAUAAUCCUGUGUCAAGCAGCCGUUCCUCGAGCGUAAUGGAGUCAAGCGCUGCACAGGAGGCUGCCUGCCUUGGAGCAAAAUAUGUUACAUUAGGCAGAUGACCUGGCACUAGCCUUGUCAGGAGACAAGUCCUGCAGCCCUGGCUCCCUCUUCUGAGCAAACUUGUGCUGUGUGCUACCUCCACAGGGGAAAACUGGCCUUCAUCUUUUCCUUCAGCUGCUGGAGCCAGGCUGUGUGUGCCCACAUCUGAGCAAUGUGGGCACUGUAAUGCCACAGUUGGUUGCUUACAGGUGCAGUGCUCUCAGCUGGCAACUGCUGUCUGGGUGGGAGUUACUAAUGCUUGGCUCUCCUGCAGAGACUCUGGCUGCUCAGCCACAACUUUCCUUUUCCUUAGGAUAUAGUUGCCGUUAAACCUGCUCUGAAGAGUCUCUAGUCUGGUGGAGACCCUUGUGAUCCUUUACAUAGAGGGUGAUUUUACUUCCUACAGCCUCCCUACCUUCACAAGGAAGGGGGAAGGAGUGUUUUCCCUCUUACUUCCCUGCAUGGCAGGGCUCUCCUGCAAGUCAGGGCUCUCCUGCAAGUCAGGUUUGCACAGCUUAAAAGUAUGAAUUCCUAAAGCAGUUCCACAUGGGGGGAAGUAAGUUUCCUUAUCAAUAAACACUUUUUCUGACUUAGAGAUAUUCUAACAACUCUGUAUUUAAGGAAAAAAAAAUCAACCAUGAAUGUUUGUAACUUUCUGAAUUGCACUUUAAUACAGGAGUGUUGAUACCUUUA